CUGACAACUGAGACCUCAGAAGCAAAAGUCAGACGACCUCUGCUUCAAUAAAUCUUAAAACUAAAAACUAAAAACUAAAAAAUGGAUCGUAAAUUGCUGCGAGAACGGGAGGCGUUCAAGAAACGGGCAAUGAACAUGCCCACCGUGGAGAAAAAGUCCAAGGAUGAUCGUCGCCCAGAUCCGUCGCCCUCGGGCAGUGGUGGUGCCAAGCCAAGGGGAGUACGGGCCCCCAACGCGCCCAAGCUGGACAUCAACUCGUACAAGACCAUGCCGCGUAGCUCCCAGUACCGCUUCGGAGUGCUGGCCAAGAUCGUCAAGUAUAUGCGGGCCCGCCACCAAGACGGAGACGAUCAUGCCCUCACCAUUGACGAGAUUCUGGACGAGACCAAUCAACUGGAUAUCGGGCACUCGGUAAAGAACUGGCUGGCGGGGGAAGCGCUAAAGAACAACCCCAAGAUAACGGUCAGUGAUGGUGGCCAGAAGUUCAACUUCAAGCCAGUCUACAAGAUCAAGGAUGGCAGGGCUCUGAUGCGGCUGCUGAAGCAACAUGACCUGAAGGGCCUCGGUGGAGUUCUACUGGACGAUGUCAAGGAAUCUCUCCCGAAUUGCGAGAAAUUCUUAAAAAACAAAGCUGCCGAGAUCCAUAUCGUUACCAGACCGGGAGAUAAAAAGAAGAUAUUGUUCUACAACGACAAGACCGCCACCUUGUCGGUGGAUGAUGAGUUCAAGAAGCUGUGGCGUGCGGCCACUGUCGAAUCCAUGGAUGAUGCUAAAAUCGAUGACUACCUGACCAAGCAGGGUAUCCGCACCAUGCAGGAUUAUGGGGUCAAGAAGGCUGCCUUCAAGCGGAACAAGGUCCCCAGCAACAAGAAGCGCCAGUUCAAGAAGCCCAGAGACAACGAGCAUAUGGCUGAUGUUCUGGAGACAUAUGAGGACAACGACCUAACCCAGAAAAAGGAGACAACUGUCUAAAAAAAUAUUAAAAAAAUUGUUAUAAAGAUUAA